AGUGAUGGAAUCCCUCCGCUGACGUAUCACCCCCCUCUCCUCGUUGAGAUCUCGUGUGUUCCUCCGCGACCCCCGCCAUUUUCCUGGGGCCUGAACUUUAAUGAUGAAAAGUUUAAUGAACGCAUCGCCAGAGCAUUAGGGAGAACGCGAGGUGCCCGUACCCGACGGAUUGCCGGAGCACGCACUAAUCCUGCGAUGGCGUUGGACCUUGGCAAAAGAUUGUUAGAAGCUGCUCGCAAUGGAGAAGAUGAACAAGUGCGAUUACUAAUGCAAAAUGGAGCACCGUUUACUACUGACUGGCUUGGAACGUCUCCCCUCCACAUGGCGGCACAAUGUGGCCACUACUCCACUGUGAAAGUUCUUCUCCAGGCGGGUAUCAGCAGAGAUGCCCGGACCAAAGUUGACAGGACACCUCUACACAUGGCAGCAUCAGACGGCCACCUACAUAUUGUUGACUUGCUUGUCAAGAAUGGUGCCAAUGUCAAUGCCAAGGACAUGCUGGAAAUGACGGCUUUGCACUGGGCUACAGAGCACAGUCACAAGGAUGUGGUAGAGCUGCUGCUGAAAAAUGGAGCAGACGUCAAUGCAUUCAGCAAGUUUGGUAAAACCGCUUUCGAUAUCGCCCUGGACCAAAACAAUCCUGAGCUGCUGAUUACUAUACAGGAAGCAAUGCAAGGAGAUGUUCAUCUGCAAUCUAUGAGAUCGAAUUCAGUCACUGUGUCUUCACCACAGCUUAUACUAACAUCUGGGGAUCUGACAAGCCUAUCAAAUUUUGUGUCCACUCCAAGUGUGAAAACCACCACUGCAAACAUUAAUGGCAAUAAUAUCCAGUUCACCAAUUCCAAUUCUGUCCUGGCAACAUUUGCAGCAAUAGCAGAAGCUUCCACUCCUCUCUCAGGAUCUGACAACACCCAGUGCCACAGCGCUGAAAUGGUGUCUUUGGAUUCCCUGAGUUCAUCAGUUCAGCAGAUGGUAGAAGAUCAAGGACAACGAGUUAUUACUAUUGUAACUGAUGGCGGCAUACCAAUGGGUACACUUCAGGAAGCGUAUUCCGCUGAUCACAUCCGCCAUCAACUCUUUGUGACCAUUGAAAAUGGACAACAAGUUAUAGGCAUGCGGGAAGAACAAUUUGUAGAAGAGACUGUGACAGAGGCUGAGCAGCCCCCUGCUAAAAAGUGCCGCCUUCAGCCAAUUAGUGAAGUAACUGCAGAGAAUGAGGCCAAUGACCACGACCAAACCAGACAGUCACUGCAGCAACAAUUGCAUGAAGCCACCUGCAGAGCCCAAGAAUACCGGCAGCAACUUAUGGAGAAGGAGCAAGAAGUUGAGGGUUAUCGGGUCAAACUUGAGGACCUAGUAAGGCAUCAUGUGAACGGAAAUAGUUUUACAUUGGUGGAGGAGGAAGGAACUGUUAUCAUCUCAAGUGAGGAACUUGAAGGGACUGAAAUCACUGAAAUAGAAACUGUGGAGCAUCAAUGCGACAUUCCCUUGGAGAGUGCAACAGUGUGACUGAAAGACAACGUCAUACAGUAGCCUAACGAGCUACCCGCUGAUUUUAACGAGAGUGGGAGUAAUAGCUGUGUGCUAACUGGAAGGCCAUAAAACUGCAGGGAUCCAUUUUAUAUUGAGUUUAUAGAGUCGUAACAUUUUACAGCAGAAGACUUAUCAAUAAAUUCUGACCUAUCCCAGUGUACAGACCAGUGAUAGGUAGCUGUUUGGUGCUGCAGUUGUUGUGCGCACUGUGUUUUUUUAAUAUACUCAGCCAGCCAAAAAGAGCCAACGGUUUGCCAUCGCUGCUGUGAGCUUACACUGCUAUAUAUUCCGUCUCUUGUUGGCAAAUUUGAAGAGGUAUUUUUUUGGUUUCUCAGGGUUUAAAUUCUAUUUUGCCUUUUUUAAAAUUUAAAUCCUUAUGCAAUUUUUGUAAUUUCUUUUUUUUUUUCCUUUUCUUUUUUUGUCCAAUCGGGAACAAAUUGAAUAUUGUGAAAUAACGUUACAAGCCCAUUUGGCAUGGUUGGUUUCAUGCAGUCAUAUAUUUCUGGCCCAAAUUAAGUAUUUAAUACUUUUCUGUAUCAACCAGUCACAUUAAGUAAUUUGCAGUAUGUAGAACAUGAGAAAAUAUUGGGAGAAAUCAGAAUAUGUAAAUGUGCUCAAAGGAGUGACCAGUGCUUUGCAUUAGCUGCACUGUGCUCAGGGAGUUUGACCUAAUUCCAGAUUUUGCAGGAAGUGUCCCUGCCCCCUCUUUAAUUCAUUGAUUGCUGCUCUAUGUGGCUUUGCAGAUGUUCAGAUGAAAGUUUUUGUUUCUGUUUCUCUCUCAUGUGAAUGUGCAUAUACAUCUC